GCUCUGAUAUUUCAUGAUUUCCAUAUCGCGCAAAACCUCACCAUUCACAAUAUUCAACCUCGCCUCGGCAUCUAGAAAUAAAAACUUGAUAACUUUUCCUUCCCUUCCUUCACAACAUAUUUUGCCAUCCUCUCAAAACCACACACGAGUAUGAAUUUCGGCGUCCUCGAAAUCGCGCCCUCAAAAUUCGUUCCAGCCCCAGGCUACGCAUACGUACCCGAUGUUGCCAAUGCGCCGCAGAUAGGACUUCAGCCUUCGGCGCGACGCGCGCGCGGCCCGGCAGGUGUGGGAUUGGGUGCCGAAACGACGAAGAAACAGGAUGCGAAGAUUUUGAGAGAGUUGGCGCAGUUGGAUAGGGAGAAUCAUAGGGAUGUUAACAUACCGGUUACGGGAGGGAGGGGAAAGGAAGGGGGAAGAAGAAACCAAUCCAAACUCACCCCCUCCGUCCGCAAAAUCCUCGCCUCCCAGAAAACAUUCGCAAACCAUCUCUCCGAUUUCGAAGCCCUCUCUUCUCUCCCCACCACCCAACAGCCCGCUACCCCUACCAUCUCCGUCCCCAAAGUAGCUCCCGCCCCCGGCUUCACCAGCACCGGGAAACGAAGCCACAAGAGAAAAGAGCCGCCCCCGCCGGGCAUCGACCCCCCCAAGCGAAGCCACAAGAAAAAAGACCCCAACGCGCCUGCGACUUCCACCCCUUUAAGAAACAUGAGCACGCCUCUUAUCAAAUCCGAACCCGCGACUGCAAUUCCCACACCGGCUGCUCUCCCCGCCCCGGAAGAAUCCACAUUCGCGCCGUUUUUGUGCUCGCUGCCGCCGCCGAAACCGCACCCGCGAGAUGCCGAUCCGUUGCUUGUUUCGCGCGUGCCGAAUUUGCCGGGGAGAGAGGUGAUGCAGAGGUUGCUGGAGCUGCCGCCGUUGAGUUAUGCGGAGGCGAGAGGGGGCUGCUCGGAUGAGGAUCGCAGGAAACCGGGGAGGGUGUUCUGUGAAGUGUGUGGGUAUUGGGGGAGAGUGAAGUGUAUGAGGUGUGGAGGGAGGGUGUGCGCGUUGGAUUGUUUGGGGAUUCAUAAGGAAGAGUGUUUUAAUAGGUAUGGUGCUUAGGGGAGGGGAUGGGUAAAAUGGGGGAAGCUGAGGGAGAGAGGGGGGGAGGGAGGGAAUGAAUUA